GUUGCACACAGUCAGCGCUUUACACACAUGUGGUUGUUAUGCUUCUGUAAUCCAACUUUUGUUAUCUGUUGCAGAAAUAUUUAGCUACAUACUGUCGAAAUGAAGCUAUUAACGCAUAACAUGCUAACAUCCCACGUGAAAGGCGUGACUAAAGGAUACCCGCUCAAUAUUAAGGCUACAGAGGUCAAAGUGAGUGAGGUGGACUUUAACCCUCAGUUCGUGACCCGGAUGAUACCAAAGCUGGAGUGGGGACCCUUGAUCCAGGCGGCAGAAGUGCUUGGACAUUCCCAAGACCUGCCCAGCACCCUCAUACCAAACUAUGAAAACGAUGAAGAUUUUCUGCGCAAAGUUCACAGAAUUCUGCUGGAGGUUGAGGUUAUAGAGGGAUCUUUACAGUGCCCGGAGUCUGGCAGAGAAUUCCCCAUCUCCAAAGGUGUUCCCAACAUGUUACUCAAUGAAGACGAGUGAUGGGGGUGCUGUUACACCCUUUUCACUGUUAUCAAAUUCCUACAGCAGCCCAGACAAAAGGUUUAUACUGUGUACUGAACCAUGUUUGUUUAGACAGUUUGGAUGGUAAAAAAAACGUUUGAUCAUAAUCCGCAAGAUAAUCUAAAUUUAGACAAAUUCAUUUGUAUUUGAAUUCCUCUUAAUUGUACUUUUCUUGUUUCUACCAUUCUGUUAUGUACUAUAUAAAGUAUUCAGUAAAUAUG